AUGCUGAGUUUGCAGGCAACUCGUCAGGAGGGUUGGGUGUCCGGUUUGUAUGCUUUAUUGGGUACUGCAGUGGUGCAGGUGUGUCCGGCUCAGGGACAAAGCCUGAAUCCAUUGGUGGUGCCGAACGAUGCAAGUGAGCAAAUCAAGUUGAAGAAGUUGCUAAGUUGUAUACCGCAGAAAGCGUUUCGUUCGCACUUGGAAUAUUGUGUGAAUCAAUACCUACAAGGUAAGUUGACCAAGGAUGCUUUCAAGGCGGGGUGUGAGGCGUACAGUAGUCUGGUUCAAUGUGUGUUAGGAGCACGCGAAUUAGUAGCCACCGGUUGGUUGUUAAGUGCUCAAGAGAAGCAAAGAUCUAAGAGGAAGGAUAUGUAUGCUGGUGACUUUUUGGAGAAACGGGAACAUGACCUCAAGCGCAUCCGUCUUGUGAUGAGCAAUAUCCAUACCAUUGUCAACCUGAUGCAGCAAGCUGUAUUUUCUGAACAAUUCACAACCGUUCCUGGUGGCUCCUCCAUCGAAUACGAAGACCAAGACGACUCUGAAGACCAAGACGACUCUGAAGUACGAGCCGGAGGCGUCAUUGUUUAUCGUGCUGUCCAAGAAAGAGUCGAACCAGAUCGAACAGGCAGAGUAAAUUAUGAUGCUAUUAUGAACUCGGUCGAAAAGCCAGGCCAUGUAAACGCUUUGCUCAGAGCGACCCUUACUGAAAACCCGUGGCUCGAACGAGUUCAGGAAGCGCUGUAUACAUCUUCCGCGGUCAUUACCAACGGCAUGCAUCGAGAUGAUGACGCAGCUCAAUUUGCAUGUCAGGAGGAAAUUGUCAAAGAGUUCGAGACCAUGGCGCAAAAGGAAGUAAAUAGACUCCAAGCCGAACAACGGAAGAAGACGCAAAAAAAGGACUCUUCGUGUUUCAAAAAGCUCUUCUCUAGGAAAAAAAAAAACACUGAACAAAAUUCAGACCCAGUUCCAGAUCUGACGACCUCUGCAACGAGUGUUGAACAACCUCCAGUGGAGGCGUACAACGCGUGGGUGGACGAGCCCGAGGUGGAUUGGUUCCGAACUUGUCACUUCGGCCGUCAGGAAGGGUUCCGAGCGGAUCAUUAUCCAUACGGUGAGUUCAAACCGACGCGAUCGAACACACCGUCUUCGCAGUAUGUGGUGGGUCUCCGAGAGAUUGAGCGGGCGUAUUUGAGUAAUUUGAGGGACCUAAUGUCGAAGAUGCGCCGUUUUGCGGAGAUUGUGGGCGACGAAUUUUAUGGACCCCGGGACGCACCACCGACUGAGCAGUACAGUGCCAGAGAGAUCGUGGGUGGUCCGGGCGCAUUGGCGAGUGCCCGGGAGGAAGCCAUGACGAGCACGGCACUAUUCAAUCCCAAAUACCUGACUUACCACCCACGGGUGGCGGGCGUUAUCAGACUUACUGACGACCUGGACCAGGACGGGGACCUGGACCAGGACGGGGACUCUUCUUCUGCAGGCCCUUCUCAAGUCCCAGACUCGUCAGGACGCCAGCACGGGUCAGGUUUGCGGGACGUGAUGUUGUUGGCCGCCAAGUGUUCCUCGGACGGAGAUGUUGCGGGGCGCCUGCUGACAUUGAGCAAGUGGACUGAGUACUACCGCGAAAUGAUCGAGCCCCCGCGUCGUGAAGACAUUGUGUGGGACGCACCCGGGGGUCGUGAGCUGGACUUUAAAAGUUUGCGCGCGGAGUUCCGGACGUGUUUGGCGAUGUGUUUGGACGAGUGCGUGGAGGACUUUGCGACGGCUGUAGUUAACCCUGUUUGUGAACAAUUGCGGAAGUUGCCGCCGCCGCACGUGGCGCUGCGCUGGUCGAAGAGGAAAUUGGCCAGCAAGUUGCAGGUGGUUGGGAAGGCGGUGCGAAAGAGCAAGACGAAGGAGUCGAACAAAACGCUGCGUAAGGGACUUACUGAUCUCAUCUGCGCCAGGGAGGGACUUAGGCAAAAACAGGCGGAACAAAAGCUGCGUCGCAAGUUCCUCACACGCUCGGAUGAAAUCGUCGAAGUCAGCCAAGUCGGGGCCGACUGGACGACUCUCAAACGCGCCGUAUUGGGCUUGCAUGAGGAAGCCACCAAGUCUCUCAACGCGCAACGAGAACAUGCCCGAGGAGAGGAUCCCGCAAACCGUGUCGAGGACAUCCAACGCUUCUACACACACGCCGAACAAUACCUCUGGGCCAAAGCUGACACUACACUCGCCUGGACAACUGCCGCUGCACGCGACCGCUUCCUCGCUACUUACAUGGCCCUAGUCCAACACUAUUUCUAUGCCGUCAACACGCGCCUCGACCUCCUGCUUGGUCUUGUAGAACACGUCAAGCACAAGUAUCUUAAACGCGCCGCUAACCCCAGAUGUAACCGAGAUAUGACACGGAAUGAACUCCUCCAACAACUCGCCGCCAGUUACCAACCCAUCAGUUCAAAUCUCAUCACGUGCACCACACCGGAUACUCGCUGUGGGAACAGUUCCACUACACACGGCGGUGCCAUUGGCACCCACCAUGCCGGUGCCAUUGCCACACACCACUACGGUGCCGUUGGCACCCACCAUGCCGGUGCCAUUGCCAUUGCCACACACCACGACGGUGCCAUUGCCACACACCACGACGAAGCCAUUGCCACACACCACGACGAAGCCAUUGCCGCAAACCGACGCAGCAUCCCAUCCCAAGAAGCGGCUUCGUUCGCUGAAGCUGAACCAUUCCCCGUCCCGAAACCGCGAAGCAGACGUGCAAUCAUGUCCUGCAGAAACUCCAUUCGGAACCACUCUCGUUCGACUGGAGAAUUGAUAUCGUAA